AUGGCACUUGACAUUGCUAUUUUCAAUAGAGUAACAAGCCUCGUGAUGUGGUCAUUAAUUUCUGCCUACGUGUGGUUAACGAUAUUAAUGAUGUGUGCGAAUAAAGCUUUUGCUAUUGAAUCCGAGAGUGAUAAGGGCAUAUACAAGUUGCUUAGCAUUCAAAAAUGCCCCAAUCACGAUGACUAUCAAAUGAAGAUGGAAUGCAACAUGCGCAAGCACAACCGUACCGACGACAGUCUUAUGUGUAUGCUGGAUUUCGCCAAAGAUAUGACAGAAAUGAAUUCUGCAGUAAUGAAUAUGUGGGAGCACACUUCUAAUGGUAACAAGCACUUCUACGAACUUAGAGACAAUAGCAUGUGUGCUUUUCUCGAGAAAUUCUUCAGAGGCAACCUCGAAAGCUUGCUUGCUAAUUACAACCGUCCCCUGCCCGUAUGCCCCAUUCCGAAGGGUGUACACAAGAUGGCAGAACCAUUUGUAAUCGACUACGAAAAAAUGCCGAAAGAUGGCAUGCCCGGCACAUACGACGCUGAAGCUUGCGUGACGGAAGGCGAUGUGGUAUUAGGCUGUAUAUGUCUGACAAUUGAGUAUAAGAAGAAAAAUGACUAAGGAACGUCCUAGAAUUAGCACACAUAUAGAGCACAUAUUUUUAACACGCUUUUAUUAGGACGACUUGUAUGUAACUAUGUAAUAAAAUCUAAGAAUCUGAAUUACACGCACUUCUAAUUCUUGUAUCAUCAUGAAACUUGGCAAUUAUGUAGAUGUACCAACGCUUUUUCAGUUAUAUAUAUAUAUAUGUUCAAAUUGACCAUAAACAUGGUUAACUCUAAGGCUCUAAUGAAGUAAACAGAAAGUAUAUUUUUUUAUUUUUGGCUUUUUAGUACAGUAAGUAAAAGCGUGUUUUUUGUUAUUUUUUAAACCAUUAAAAUUUUAAUAAGGUGACCUUCCCGGCCUUUCUGAGUAAAUUAAAUUAUAAUUGAUUUCGAAUGCUCAUCCAAAUUAACAAUAGAAGUCUAGUAGCUAGAUGGUGGGCAAGGCGUCGCUUUCAGUUGUUUCGUGGAAACCACGCGUAUCGAUUAGUGCCCAAGAAUCACUCCGACAAAAGAGGAUUGGCCAAAAUUUUACCCAUUCAAUAGAAAGCGUAGAAUGUUGACUAUACAACUAAAUACAGCCCCCUUCAUAGAGGUAUAAGAAUAGAGUG